AUGCACAUUGCUCAAGCCAUUCCACAGGCACCAGGCGUGGUUCUCGAAAUGCUCUCGACUAUUCUCUGCAGUGAAGUGGAGCGAACAGUGCUCAAGCUACCGCCCCAGAUGAACAUCGGAACGUCAUUGCACAGAACAACAAUGCACGUUCGAGCUGUUCAGCGACUCACGAAACAGUCUGAAGAGUGCAUUGAUGCUUGGGAUAUCCCUUCGGCCAUCUUGAAGGUUCGCGACGUGCAACCGUCAUGGAUUUUGCAGACUACUCUCCAGGUGCUCUCGGUCAAAUUCGACGCUCUUAUCCAGCCAUGUCCACACAAUUCUGCUGGCAUCUUGCAGGCCUCGAAUUGGUUUUGUACGCAUGGUGACGGUGCCCUUGCUCCCCACCCUAGCUUGUCCUCGAACGGCGCUCCGGGCAUGUCGAUGCCCCACACUGCAAUGCCGAUUCGUAUGAGCUGA